CCUCGCUCUUUUCCUCCCUCUUCCUCUCUCUUUUUGACGAUUGAGGAUUGUGGGUUGUGGGUUGAGGGUUAUGUGAAUCCCAGGAGAGAUAUGGAAGAGAGUCUGUUGGUGACAGGGAAAGGUGGAGAGAAGAGGGAGGAGGAGGGUUUAAGAUGGGUUUUGGUGUGUGAAGAAGUGAAGAGGCUGGGUUGCUUGGCUGCACCCAUGGUUGCUGUGGUUCUAUCGCAAUACUUGGUACAAGUUGUAUCUGUAAUGAUGGUUGGACACCUGGGUGAGCUUGCUCUCUCCAGCACCGCCAUAGCCAUCUCUCUCUCCGGCGUCAGUGGCUUUAGUUUUCUUCUAGGAAUGGCUAGUGCAUUGGAGACUCUAUGUGGGCAAGCUUAUGGAGCAAAACAAUAUAGCAAGCUAGGAACUCAAACUUACACUGCCAUUUUCUCGCUUUUCUUGGUUUGUCUUCCACUCUCUGUCAUAUGGAUCUACAUGGGAAAACUGCUCACUUUCAUGGGCCAAGACCCUUUGAUUUCAUAUGAAGCUGGUAAAUUCACAAUGUGGCUUGUUCCUGCACUAUUUGGUUAUGCGACUCUUCAGCCACUUGUUCGGUACUUUCAAACACAAAGUUUGAUCAUGCCCAUGCUCCUAAGUUCUUGUGCUGCUCUUUGUUUCCAUAUGCCUCUAUGUUGGGUUUUGGUUUUCAAGUCAGGACUAGGUAACCUUGGAGCAGCACUGGCAAUUAGCAUUUCAUAUUGGUUGAAUGCGAUCUUCCUGGUAUUGUACAUGAAGUACUCUUCUGCUUGUGAGAAAACCCGUGUUCCAGUUUCUAUGGAGGUGUUUCAAGGAAUGGGAGAGUUUUUCCGCUUUGCUAUCCCUUCUGCUGUAAUGAUUUGUCUAGAAUGGUGGUCAUUUGAACUGCUCAUCUUGCUGUCCGGGCUUUUACCCAACCCUGAGCUUGAAACCUCUGUUCUCUCUGUAUGUCUCAACACCAUCUCAACACUCUAUAUGAUACCAUAUGGACUAGGUGCUGCUGGAAGCACUAGAGUUUCAAAUGAACUGGGAGCGGGGAACCCACAAAAGGCACGUUUAGCCGUCUAUGCACUCAUGUUUCUUGCAGUCACAGAGACAGCUGUAGUGAGCACAACCCUUUUUGCCAGUCGUCGUGUUUUUGGUUACUUGUUCAGCAACGAGAAGGAGGUCGUGGAUUAUGUCACAAACAUGUCUCCUCUGGUUUGUCUGUCCGUCAUAUUGGACAGCAUGCAAGGGGUUCUUUCUGGUGUUGCUAGGGGAUGUGGGUGGCAGCAUAUAGGGGCUUUUAUCAAUCUUGGAGCCUUUUAUCUUUGUGGCAUCCCAGUAGCUGCCACAUUGGCGUUCUGGUUACAGUUAAGAGGAAGAGGCCUCUGGAUUGGAGUACAAACUGGUGCUCUUCUACAAACAACUCUGCUCUGCAUUAUGGCUGGUUUUACAAAUUGGGAAAAACUGGCAACUAAAGCAAGGCAGCGAAUAUUUGAGGGAAGAUAUUCAGUUGAAGAUAGACUGAUGUGAAUGAGCAGAAGCUACUGAUGGGCUUAUUCGGUUGGUGUUAAGGUUGGGUAAAAGAGAAAUAUUCGCUAAGCAGACGAAGAGAUCACUAGUUUAGUUUCCAUCAAUUUUUGGCACAAAAGCUUUUAGCAACGGCAUUUGAUGUGUCAAAUUAUCGACUUAUGUUUAAUCUUCACAUAGAACAAACCACGAAUAACUGUUUUUUAAAUUUGAGCUCCCAAAUCGAGUUUUGUUGUAAAAAACAGUUGAGAAUCAUUUUUAAAAAUAAUUUCAAACAUGCUUUUCAUCACUCA